CAGGGAGGUGCUAUCUGGGGGAAGCAGCCCGUGCUAUCCGCAGCCUUUCCUGUGAGAGCCCUGGCACGCAAGUGAAAGUGAAAGGGGGAACUGGAUCAGUGAGGAAGAGCGACCACUCCUAGGCCGCUUCGCAGCUGGGAUGGAGCCUGCAUGGGCCCAGAGGGAAGGAGCAGGGGGGAUUUCUCCUCGGUCUAUGUCAGGAGCCGCUGGGGACCUGCUCGGGGAACAAGGGGAGAGAGCGCCGCUAACAAGCACAACACCCCCGGGAACCCCGGAAGAUCGCAGCUCGCCCUGCACUCAGUGGGCACCCGGCACCGACAGUGAGCCCCAGGUUCGCAGCGCGUCGGGAGAUCGGAGUCCCGUGUGUGAUCCUGUAACUGGGAGGCCUUCGUUACCAUCUAAUGCAACUUUCUGGAUACGGACGCUGUCGGGAUGUCGGGAGCUCUUCAGUCGAGUGAAGGAAGCUGUGUCCGGCCUUUUCUCAUGCCAGAAUCACGUCGCUGGAACUGUUUCUGUUGCUGUUGUGAUUUUGCUAUUGGUCCUGGUAAUUUUCCUGAUUGUAUGGUAUUUCUCCUAUAAAGAACCUCCUAUCACCCUGCCCUUUGAGCCAUGCCCUGAGGACUGGCUGUACUUCAAAAGGAAAUGUUAUUACCUCUCAGAGAAGGAGGAGGACUGGGACUCCAGUCAGAGCUUCUGUUCCCUUUAUGAAGCUUCACUUGCUGUGAUUGAAAACCACCAAGAAAUGCAUUUCCUCACUAAGCGUAUGCAUAUGCAAGACUCCUGGAUUGGACUGCGCAAGCGAGAAGAAGGCUUCUACUGGGUCAAUGGCAUUCCACUUACAACAGACAUGUGUACAUGCUCUGCAUGCACCGUUGCUGCAAGAUUUUUCCAUGGCGCUGUGUAUAGGAGACUGCAGACCUGCCAUCCCCUCAGUUCCUGCUUUCUGCUUGUGAUGGUCGCUGGAACUGCUCCUUUUUGCUCUGCAGGUUUCACAUUCAGGAUCAUGAAGAAUGUGCCUACACAGAUUCAUCUAGUAUCUCUACAUCAGCAUGUUCUUUACCCAGGCACUGGAUCUGCAGCCGCCAUCCCUUCAAGUGAACAGUGCAAGGGGAUCUUUAACAACCAAAAGUGGGCCAGAGUUGUAUCAUCACUUCAAAAAAGUGGCACUUCUAGCCCCACAGCACCAGGGGUGAAAGUAACAUAAAACUCUUACCAGUACGGGGGCCCGGCUCCAGGCGCCUGGAAGGGGUAGGGCUUCAGGUGCAAGGGGCAGGGCUAGGGGAGUCAGCCUUCCCCAGCCAGCCCUUCCAUGCUGCACACCACCCAGGACUCCGGCAACAGUUUAAAGGGCCUGUGGCUCUGGCCACUGCUGCAGUAGCAGCAGCAGCUGGGAGCCCCGGGGCCUUUGAAAUCACCGGGUCCUGGGGCAGCUGCCCCUUUUGCCCCCCAGUCAGCAGCCCUAGGGGGGGCAAAACGGGCAACGAUGUUAAAGCGCUGCUGCAGCAGCGCUUUAACGUCAGCUGUGUACAGACAGUACCGGCCCACUUUCAGCUCUGCACAGCACACUCCAACAUCUACUGACUCGCAAACACUACUCCCUGCAACACCCCAUCCCUUCAUGUUAUACUGGGGCUUUGGUGUUAGCACUGACUCACAAGAAAAGUGCCCACCACUGAGUUGCUUAUACCAUUCCUUGAAGCACAACACCACCUAGAUCCAUAAUAUGAUCAGGAAUGAUUCAGAGAGAAGAGUAGCCCUUACUGAGUUACAAACAAUUUCCUGCUGCACCUGGGUUUUUCUUGUAGCUCUUCCAUCAACAUACUAACCAGACCAGUUCCUUCCAAGCUUCUGCAAGCUCCGAUAAGUUCAUUGACUGAGACAGCAUUGUAAGCAGGAACUAAGAAACAAGAAAAUGCUAUAGUUUCUCACACUUUGAAGGUGAUAUGGGCUAAUGCUACUAGGAAUGCUACCAGGAAUCACUCAGACGAUGUAAUCUAAACAGACAACUCACAAUGUGUCUUUGGUUUUUGACCUGGUGAGAGUGGAGCUUUGUAUCAUUUAUUGAUAUUUAACUUUUUAAAAACAAAUCUUUGUUUUUAAAGAAAUCUUUGUUACUAAGCUUUCAAGAUACAGUAGCAAGAAAGAUUGGUUCUGCUUUGAGUAGAAGGUUGGACUAGAUGACCUCCUGAGGUCCCUUCCAACCCUGAUAUUCUAUGAUUCUAUGAAAGGUGCUGUUGUGCUGGAAGAUGUUAAUGGCUGAAAUCAAUAACUGACCUAGUUAAGGACCCUUCUUUCAGGCUAAAUGGAAGGAACAACUAAAGCCACAUAUGAGAAAUGGAAACAAUAGGAGGCAGGAGGCAGGAGGCAGGAGGAACAAGGAUAUAUAAGUGUGCACGCAUUCAUGUUCAGGGUAAUGUCAGAGGUACAGAGAGUAGGGGGAAACUGGGAUGUGAGUGCACAACUGAAAGUAGGAGGUUCAAGUGUGACAGAAUAUAUCCUGUAUUCACACCCUAUACACUAUGGCAAUAAUAGGUGUGUUUAAACAGAGAAUACAAAAACAAAGUGAAAUCACAGAAGAGUUUGUUUCUUCAGCCUUAGAUCAAUCAAUCAUGAAUUUAAGGAGGCUGAGUCCCUGCUAAGAGUUGCCUUUUGCAGGGGAAUACUUGUGACUGGACAGCAGGGGAAUAAGAAGUUUAAAUACUGGUGGAGGGACGGCCUUGUAAAGUAUCAUUUGAAAACUCAUAAUGUGCUGGUCAGUAUUGUCCUGAUAAAAUAUGUGUGGCAACAUUAUAUGUGAAGUUAUAAGAUUCCCCUGUAGGUUGUUAUUAACACAUGUUCCCAACCCCAUAGCUCUGCCCAAGCAGAAGUUUGCAAAUACGUCUGUCCUAAACAAAGACAUAUAUGUUUUUUUUAAUUUGCAUUUAAGCAGUAAAUGAAGUCAUCAUGCUGGAAGGGAAAACAAAGGAAGCUCAGACAGGUGGAAAAGAAACCAGCAGGUAACAUCCUUCCACACAGACUCUUUGUCUCCAGCUGGAAAUGUUUUUCAAGAGGCAGACUGGAACUAUAAAAAAGGAAGGGCAAGCACCCCCAAGACACCCCUCCCUCUCUCUAUCUGUCUCUGACUUCUCACCUAAGAAGACAAAGGAAAACAGCUGUUUGACUAUUGGGGUGGGGGAGGGGGCUAACCUGAAGAGUUUAGUCAGUAAUCUUGCUGAAAGCAUGUGCUGAGAAAUUUUGCUUGACUCUAAUUGUUAAAUUAUUGUAACCA